GCCGCGCCGUUUACCCGUCUCUCAUCUAGGGUCCUUUUUUUUUAUUUUUCCUUUUCUGUCUCUGGCCUCUUCACAGCUUUCUUUCGUUCUUCUUUUUCCUUUCUUCGACCACACAUUCGUUUAAACCGAAGCGCAUCAUGAUGUUGCAAGCUUCCGUCUCGGUGCUGGCCUUGGCCGCAGUUUCACUCGCACAGGGUACAGCACACAUCCCCGUCACUGGUGUUCCCGUCUCCUCUGGUUCCGCUGUGCCUCUGAGACAAAAUAUCAAUGACUUGGUCAAAUCGGGGCCGCAAUGGGACCUCUAUGUUCAGGCCAUGUAUAACAUGUCCAAGCUGGACUCCCACGACCCUUACAGCUUCUUCCAGAUUGCCGGCAUCCAUGGCGCACCGUAUAUCGAGUACAACAAAGCCGGCGGCCGAUCGGGAGACGGAUGGCUGGGAUACUGCCCUCAUGGUGAGGACAUCUUUCUCACUUGGCAUCGCCCUUAUGUUCUGCUUUUCGAGCAAGCAUUGGUGUCUGUAGCCAAGAACAUCGCCAAUGGUUACCCUGCUCAGUACCGCGCCAAGUACCAAGCAGCGGCAGCAAGCCUGCGAGCUCCCUACUGGGACUGGGCCGCCGAUAGCACCGUCCCUGCCUGCACGGUCCCGAACACGCUCAAUAUCAAUGUGCCCAGCGGCAGUGGCAUCAAGACGGUCGCUUACACCAACCCUCUCCGGACUUAUUACUUCCCUCACAUCGCCAUGACCGGCUCGUAUGGAGAAUUCUCUGGAGGUGGUCAAGACCACACAAUCCGCUGCCCUUCGCCUCAGGAGAAUUAUCCAAACACCGCCAACGCCAACCUUCAGGCGCGCCCUUAUAAGGGCUGGAUUUAUGACGUCCUGACAAACUCUCAAAACUUUGCCGAUUUUGCUUCCACCAGCGGCCCUGGUAUCAACGUCGAGCAGAUUCACAAUGCCAUUCACUGGGAUGGUGCUUGUGGCAACCAGUUCCUUGCUCCCGAUUACUCUGGCUUCGAUCCCUUGUUCUUCAUGCACCACUCCAACGUCGACCGCAUGUGGGCGUUCUGGGAGGCCAUCAUGCCUACUUCGCCCGUCUUCACCGCAUCCUACAAGGGCCAGUCUCGAUUCAACAGCAAAACAGGAGCCACCAUCACUCCCAACUCUCCCCUGCAGCCAUUCUACCAGGCAAACGGACAGUUCCACACCUCCAACACCGUCAAGAGCAUUCAAGGCAUGGGCUACUCCUACCAGGGCAUCGAGUACUGGCAGAAGACCCAGGCUCAGAUCAAAUCCAGCGUCAGCACCAUCAUUAACCAGCUGUAUGGCCCCAAGAGCUCCUCGAAGCGAAACACUCGUGCCGCCGACCUUGUCCAGACUCGCUACUUUGCGCAGAUUUCCGUCAACGUCACUGAGAUUCAGACUCGCCCCGCCGAAAUCAACGUCUACGUUGCUGGACAAAAAGCCGGCAGCUUGAUUGUCAUGAAGCUUCCCGCCGAGGGCAUGGUCAACGGUGGAUUCACAGUCGAUACUCCCAUGAGGACCCUUCUGCACGGAGGCAACCGUAACGCUGUUAGCGCCUUCUCUUCCGAUGUUGAGGUUGAGAUUCUCACUCGCUCUGGUCAAACCAUCCCCCUCGAGAGCGUCCCCAGUCUUGCUAUCGAUCUCGAAUCCGCAAACGUCACCAUGCCGUCUGCCCUGGAUCAGCUUCCCAAGUACGGCGCUCGUUCAAAGCACCGUGCUCAGGCCGCCCAGAAGGGACAGCGCGUCCGACCUCCUCCCCCUCCCCCUCCUCCUGCUCAGUAAAGGGAGGGACGAGGCCACCAAACCUUUCUCAUCUUGUUGCAAUAUUAUCUAGCCAUAUAUAUGACAAAAUGCUCGCAAGAUGAGUGUUUGAGUAUAUACUACGACUUUUCAACAUAGGUUUUCCGACUUUCGUGGACGUGCGCAAUAUCUUUUCGCAUCUUCUAGGCUUUUAUCCUCGGAUACUUACCCAAGGGGUUUUGUUGAUUGGGUUAAUGAUAUGGUUUUCUGUAUAUAACACUUUUUUUUGUCAUUACUGUUGCUGCAUGAGGACAUAUACACGACAUGCAUGCUUUCCACCAAACGUGCUUUAGGCCGUUCCUAAAGGGCGACCCUAGAGGCGGAUUGGAUAUAAAUUAAGAUGACGAUAAUUGAAUAUUGAUAAUUUUG